AUGCAGUUCCAGGAGUGGUUGCGGUCACUUUGCUCACACGCAGGAUUUAAAGUAUCUGAAUCAGAGGACCUGGGGACCUUGCCAUCUAUCUCCUCCUUCUCUCUGUCGACCUCCUCUCUGCUGGGUCUAGGAGCCUUGGCCUCCCUCACUGUGUACUGGCUGGUGACCCGUCCUCAGCCCAUGCGUCCUCCCUGUGACCUACAAGCUCAGUCUGUCGCCGUCGGCGGAGAUCCGAGCUGCAGGCGGUCCGCUCUGCUUCAAGAUGACACUCUGAUGGAGUUUUACCAUGACGACAUCAGGACGGCGUACGACAUGUUCCAGAGAGGUCUGAGGAUCUCAGGACAUGGUCCAUGUCUUGGCUUCAGAAAGCCAGGUCAGCCCUACGAAUGGAUCUCUUAUGUCGAGGUGACCCAGCAGGCACAGUGGAUGGGCAGUGGCAUGAUUUCUAACGGCUGCCAGAAAUACGUUGGAGUAUUUUCACCGAACAGACCUGAGUGGAUCAUCUCUGAGAUGGCCUGCUACACCUACUCCAUGGUUCUAGUGCCGCUGUAUGAUACUCUGGGCGUGGAGGCCAUUGUUCACAUCCUCAACCUUGCUGAGAUAACACUAGUGAUCUGUGACAAAGAGGAGAGGGCAGCAUCUUUGCUGGAGUGCAAAGAGAAAGGCACGGCUCCAGGAAUCUCCUGCCUGGUUCUCUUCACCGACUUCAGCCAAGCGUUUGCGGAGCGGGCGAAGAAGUGCGAGGUGGAGGUUUUGAGACGGGACCAGCUCAUGGAGCUGGGGAAGCAGAACCUCAGAGAUCCUGUGCCACCCCAGCCUCAGGAUCUGGCAGUGGUUUGCUUCACCAGUGGAACCACAGGGAAGCCUAAGGGAGCCAUGAUCACCCACGGCAACAUCGCCUCCAAUACUUCCUCUGUCAUUAAGAUCCUGGAGGGUUCGUUUGUGAUCACUAAGGAGGACGUGUCAAUCUCGUACCUGCCGCUUGCCCACAUGUUUGAGAGGAUGAUUCAGCUCACUAUGUAUUACUUUGGAGCCCAAGUCGGAUUCUUCCAGGGGGACAUUUCUCUUCUUAUGGACGACAUUAAAACACUCAAACCCACCCUCUUCCCUGUUGUACCUCGUAUACUCAAUCGAAUCUACGACAAGAUCCAGGGUUCAGUGACCUCUCCGUUUCAACGGGCUUUGCUCAAUUAUGCUGUGAGGAGAAAACAGGUGGAGCUCCGCAAUGGGAUCGUGCGAAACAACAGUCUGUGGGACAAACUGGUGUUCAGGAAAGUUCAGGCCAGUUUAGGAGGUAAUGUUCGGUUUGCCCUGACUGCCUCUGCACCCAUCUCCUCCUCGGUGCUGUCCUUCCUCAGAGCCACCCUGGGCUGUGUAAUCUGCGAGGGCUAUGGACAGACGGAAAGUACCGGAGGCUGCACUUUCUCCUUGGUAGGGGACAACAGCGCAGGUCAUGUUGGCGCUCCUGUACCGGGGGUCAUGGUCAAGCUGGUAGACAUCCCUGACAUGAACUACUAUGCCAAGAAUGGAGAAGGAGAGAUUUGUGUCCGUGGCCCCAGUGUGUUCAAAGGUUACCUGAAGGACCCAGAGAGGACAGCCGAGGCCUUGGACAGCGAUGGCUGGCUGCACACUGGGGACGUUGGCCAGUGGCUUCAGAAUGGCACGCUGCGCAUCAUUGACCGGAAGAAGCACAUCUUCAAGUUGGCUCAGGGGGAGUACGUCGCUCCGGAGAAGAUCGAAAACGUCUACCUGCGAUCUGUUCCUGUGCUCCAGGUGUUCGUUCAUGGAGAUAGUUUACAGUCUUACGUCGUAGGAAUAGUUGUGCCUGACAAAGAGGUGUUUGUCAACUGGGCCAAGGAGCGGGGAUUUGUUGGCUCCUACGAGGAGCUCUGCCAAAAUCCUGAUGUAAAGAACGCCGUAUUAGCAGACAUGAGAUCAUUGGGGAAAGAAGCAGGACUGAAGUCCUUUGAACAGGUGAAAGAUCUUUAUUUGCAUCCAGAGACGUUCAGCAUGGCCAACGGCCUUCUCACGCCCACCCUGAAAAGCAGACGGGCCGACAUCCGCAGAGUGUUUCAGGAGCAGCUGUCCAGCAUGUACAAGACGAUUUAAUCCACACAGCGCCCGAGGGUCACCGG